GCUUACUGUGGGUUCAAAGGUCACGGCCACAAUGAACCCGACAUCGCCACGGGGAAGUGGGGCUGCGGAGCCUUUAACGGAGACCCUCAGCUCAAAGCCGUGAUCCAGCUGAUGGCGGCGGCGAAGGCGAGGAGAGGUCUGGCCUUCUUCACCUUCCAGGACGAGCAGCUGAAGCGGAGUCUGCAGCAGACGCACCGCCUGCUGGUCACAGAGGGAACGACAGUCGAGAAACUGUACGGACUCCUGGAGGAUUACUGCGCCGCUCAGCAGGCGUCCGGCGGCGAGCACGUGGAUCUGUUUGAGUUCAUCAGAAACACCAUCAGACCGUCCAGGAGUCUGCUGUGAGUCCACGUCACGUCUGAGGCUCAGUUUGCACUAAAAUCUAACAGAUGUCCUGCAGAAAUGAAGUCGCUACUUAAUUUUCUUGUUAAUUUUGUAAAGAUUAUUUUUUGUGUCGAUAGAGUAUGGAUAACAAGAGAAUGAAGGCAGACACAGCGAAAUGUACGGAGGCUGACGAGGGCCAAUGUGCUCCAAAAAUAUUUUUAUAAGGAGAAAUAUACCUCAGCUUGAGGUACAAUGACAAAUCAAAAAUAUCCAAAAAUUUAAAUAAAGAGAAAUAAAAGAAAGAAAACAAUCUGCUAAUGAAAAAAAUGC